ACAUAUUGUAAAAUGUAAGCAUUACAAUUAAGAAAGUACAUGCUCUCCUAUUAAUUCUGUUUAUACCUAUAUGUGCACACAGAUAAACAUGAACCAGCCAUGGACCAUUCUUCUCAGCUAAAUAGUCAUCAGCUGACACCUGGAAUCACCUCGUCCAGUGGAAUUCCUGACUUUCACUGCAACAGCACUGCAAGACUGUCUCAAUCAAACUUGUUUAACUCAUCAGCACUACCAUUAUCUAGUUGUCCUCACUCUGGUGCAGUGUCUCUGCAUAACAGUCCUCCCAAUUCAGUGCCCACUCCACUGCUGACACCUACAUCAGGACCAUCACCUACAGGACCACUGGUCAUUCCCAAGAGAGAAAAACUAUCCCCAGUAUCAACCUGUGUGAAUAGCAGACGGAACUCAGGACUAAUUUCACCAGCACAUUCAACAGCACAAAGCCACAGUCCCCAGUCACCGCACUCCACCCCAAAUAGAAGCAAGUUGGAUCUCACUAAGACAGAAACCCGAAGAAUUACUCACAUCUCUGCAGAACAGAAGAGGAGAUUUAAUAUCAAGCUAGGAUUUGAUACUUUACACAACUUUGUCACCAGUUUAAGUCCUCAGCCCAGCAUCAAGGUAAUGUAA